UCCGUCCCGUGUAGACGUGUAGCCCCGCGUUCGGGAAAUGUGCUUGAUUUGGUCACUGUAAACAUGUAUCGUGUGGGAAAUAGUCAGAGUAGAAUAACAUGCGCGCUUGCGGUGUUAUUGAGCAUCAUCAGCAGUACUUACAGCUUGCAUCUGAAAGGCGUAUGGAACACGGAGGAUGAGUUUUUCCAUUUCCUUGCAAAAUUUGGCUUUCAAAAAACGACUCCCCACGAAAGAGAACUUACCGAGGGCUUCAUCUUCGGAAAUGUUACAUCCUUGGGGAGCAGUGUGGCUCCCGGCGGCCAAGGGAUGCUGGUGCUCCUCCCGAGACAGUAUUUUGUGGACUUCUACAGGAACAGAACCAAGGCCGCGACUGACCCUGACCUCGCUUGCCAACUCAUGUUCAAGGAGGUGCAGAAGGAGGCGUACGAUGCCAAGUGCCACGAUGCCGGGCGCGAGGACUUCCUCAGGCACCUGCCAUGCCCCAAGGACGGCCUGUGCCCCGACGAGGACAACCCCGAUAACGUGGUGCCCAACAAUCAGCUCACUUACGCUAUCCAGGACAUCAAUAAUCCGAGGUUCUGGUACCUGAGCCUGGUCGCAUGUGUCCGCAACUCCUCUUGCUCCUGGCAGCAUGUACGUAAACCUGUGAGAAUGGAGUAUGAUAUAAAUAUUGUCAAUGGCAAUCCUAAUGGUGCAGACCACAACCCUUUUGAGUACCACUUCUCUUUUGACAAGCAGGACACAGUAGAAAUAUAUCUGGUAUGUGUGGUACUCUAUGGCUUUUUGUUGGUGCCACUACAGGUGUAUGCAGCAUGUCGCCAGAUCCACCCCAUCACCCGCCUGUUCACAGCCACCCUCAUCAUGCAACUUGCGGGCCUUCUCUUUGAUACGCUGCACCUGCUAGUGUUUUCCUUUGAUGGGGAAGGCAGUGAAGGAGUGAAUAUCGUGGGUGACCUCUUCAACAUUUUGGCACAGUCAUUGUUUAUGAUGUUACUACUGCUGCUGGCCAAAGGAUGGGCUAUCACGCGCAUGAUGCUGACUCAACGUCUCCUCCUGUUCUCACUCUGGGCACUCUACUCCAUCCUAAUCCUCACACUUUACUUCUGGAAUAUGAUGGAGGUGGAUGUAAUAGAAGACAUAGACGAGUAUCAGACGUGGCCAGGGUGGUUAACCUUGGCAUUGCGCGUACUUAUAAUGAUAUGGUUCCUGGUUGAACUGCGCAACACGAUGACCUAUGAGCAUAAUUCCAACAAACUUCAUUUCUUCCUGCACUUUGGGGCUGCUUCUCUUGUCUGGUUUAUUUACUUACCUGUUGUGGCUCUGAUUGCUCUACAGGUGUCCCCACUUUGGAGAUACAAACUCUUGUUAGGUUUCACAUACUCAGCUGAUUUACUAGCCCACUCAUUCAUGACCUAUAUGCUGUGGCCUGAGCGGUCAGAGCAGUAUCUUCUCCUUGCGCAUGAAGCAGACCUCUCAGAUGAACUGGAUGAGUUCAAUGAAGCACCACACAUCAUCAACCACUCCUCACCAUCACUCCUCACCCCAAUGUUUGACUAUGACACUGAACCACUCAAGAUCAACACCUGAAAACCAGACAGAACACAUGGUGCCAAAGUAACUUGUAUAGUGUUACAGUUGCCAGUAGAAUAGAGAUAUUUUUUAGCUGUAUCUUCUGAAAUGAUCCUGCGUUAUAAGCAGAUGGUUAGUAAUAAGAUAUAUAGUUGAAUUCCUUCAUUCACAGUGGAAGAUGUUGCACACACCAUGCAUUCACAGAGUAUUAUUUUGUUGUUUCUCUUCCCUUUGUUGUACUGCUGAACAGAUUCUCAAGACAUUUGUCUUUUGUGCACUGGUUGUAAGGUACAGUAUUUAUUAUAGACCAAAGAAAUAUAUAAAUUGGCUCUAAGAGAGUGCAUAAGUAUUUUUUUCUUCAAG